AUGAAAGCGUUGAGCCCAUCUCCUACUGUUGGGCAUUCACUCUUCCAUGGCGGCAAACGGCCAGCAACAGACUUGGGCCAGUUUCUUGUGCGCGCCGAGUCUGGCGUAGUCGAAGCAGUGGGACAAGACAAGUUGGACCUCGACACGGGCCCGGGCCCGCUGCGGGGCACACAGACGCAUACCGUACACUCUAGUCAAGCAGGCCAGAAGCGCAAGGCUGCUCCUGCGCCACGUCUGUGCGAGGCCUAA